AUGACAGGUGUUGAUCUAUCAAAGUCCUCGGAAUCAUUUCAUUGGGCUAAACCAGUAUCGAGACUUUCAAAUCUCAUAUUACUUCAAUUAUCCAACUGCAACAUUUCAGGAAGAAUUCCGAUAGGGCAAUUACUUAACCUUACUAGCCUUUCUGUUGUAGAUAUGCACUCUAACAUUCUAACAUCCACGAUCCUUGAUAUGUUAUCGAACAUCACAACCCUCUCCGCUCUUGAUUUUAGUGGCAACAAUUUAGAUGGUCAUAUCCCUUACCUUCCUCAACUUGAACACCUUUAUGUUUCUAGCAAUCUUGCUAUGACCAUAAAUCUUGUUUCAAUGUUUUCAGCCUCGUGGGCAAAGUUGAAGCUGAUGGAUGCUCGAUCCAAGGGUCUAUACCUUCUUCAGUUACAAAAGAAAUUAAGAUCGCUGACACUUAAUGACAACAACAUCACAGGUUCCUGUGUCCAUGUCCAGUUUGAUCAGCCUCCAAUACUUAUCUCUGAUCCAGAAUGGUUUACGAGGCUUCCCAAGCUUUCGUAUCUUUCUGUUAAUAAGAAUAACCGUAAUGGUAAUGUGCCGCUGUCUUUGCUCCAGAAGUCUAGAUUGGAUCUGAUUUCCUUCGGAAUUAAUGGAUUGUCAGUGGAAAACGAUGAUCAGUAUCAACACGCUGUGCAAAGUUUCCAGCCCAAGGUUCUUGAUCUCUCUAAUAAUAGCCUGUCAGGCACCAUUCCACACAGUUUGGGGAACUGCAAGUCUCUGAUUUACCUUAGUCUUGGACAAAACAUGCUCACUGGAAGUGUUCCGGAAGAACUUGAACGCAUUACAAGCCUUCGUUACCUUGACCUGAAUGGAAAUGAGUUUGAAGGUUCUUUUCCGACGGUGAUUGAGAAGUUUCAAGAACUGGAGAUCCUGAAUUUGGCAGGCAAUAGGUUUAAAGGAAGGAUACCAAAGUUCAUCGGUGACCUGCACCACCUCCGCAUCCUUGUGCUUGCAUCAAACUCAUUCAAUGAAUCUAUACCGGAAGGGGUAAUGAAGUUGGAAAAUCUACAAUUUAUUAGUUUGUCCAGGAACAAGCUGUCCGGUACGAUUCCUGAGAACUUUGAAGGAUUGAAAAAGAUGACGAAAACACAAAAUCAGACGACCAUCUUAGGUUAUUAUUACUCCCUCAAGUUCACUGGUGCUCAGUUAGAAAUAGUCACCAAAGGACAGGCGCGAUUUCAUGUGUCAGUGUAUUCCUACAACACUGGAUUUGAUGUCUCAAGCAAUGCUCUUAGCGGUAAAAUCCCUGAGAAAAUCGGCCUUUUAAAUGGAAUCCCGUUCCUGAAUCUCUCACAUAAUAAUCUUACUGGGCUGAUCCCACAGACUAUGGGCGAGAUGAUUUCCCUCCAGUCAUUGGAUCUCUGUUACAACCAUUUCACAGGUGAAAUUCCAGUUACAUUGACACUCUUGAAUUUUCUCGCGUAUCUCAACUUGUCUUAUAACAAUUUGAGCGGACGUAUUCCAACCAAUCCACAGUUUGACACUUUGUAUCAAGACGGAACAGCAUAUAUCGGGAACAAAUACUUGUGUGGUACUCCUGAUGGGAUGAACUGCAGAAAAAACUACAGACCCUCUACCAAUGAAACAAAGGAGAACAGAUACGUUCAAGAAAAUGUCCUGUUUGUUCUAGUUAUAUUCUCUGGCUUUGCAACAGGAAUAUCUGGUGUAUUUUUGCUGUUAUAUUUGAUAGAUGACAACUGGAGGAACAGGUAUUGGAGGGCAGUAGACAAAAUUGUGUCGAAAAUAGUGAACUGUAAGCUAUGA